AUGCCAAUAUUUGGCUACUGGAAUUUGAAAGCCAUUAUCUGUCAUUCAUUUGUUGCUGCAGCUUCUUCUUGUUUUGUUUUCUUAUUUUUGUUUCUUUUUGUUUUCUGCUUCUUGCUUCUUUCUUUUUUCUUGUUUUUUUGUUUCUUUUUACUUUUUCUUCUUGUUUCUUUUUGUUUUCUUGUUUCUUUUUGUUUUCUUCUUGCUUCUUUGUUUUCUUGUUCCUUUUUGCUUUUUCUUCUUGCUUUUUGUUUUCUUUUUGUUUUUUCUCCUUGUUUCUUUUUGUUUUCUUCUUGCUUCUUUUUGUUUUUUUCUUCUUUUUUCUGUUUUCUUCUAACUUCUUUUUGUUUUCUGCUUUUUGUUUUUGUUUCCUUCUUGCUUCUUUGUUUUCUUGUUUUUUCUUCUUAUUUUGUUUUAUUAUUUCUUUUUUUCCUUAUUUUUGUUUUGUUUCUUUUUGCUUUUUCUUUGUUUUCUUCUUGCUUUUUUUUUUCUUUUUCUUUUUUCCUGUUUCUUUUUGUUUUCUUCCUUUUUGCAUUUUCUUCUUGCUUGUUUCUUUGUUUUCUUGUUUUUUCUUGUUCCUUUUUGCUUUUUCUUCUUUUUUUCUUGUUUCUUUUUGUUUUCUUCUUGUUUCUUUUUGUUUGUUUUUUCUUGCUUUUUGUUUUCUUUUUGUUUCCUUCUGUUUUCACUUUUUCUUUUCUUUCCUUUUUCUGUUUUUCUUUUCUUCUUUGUAGUUUCUUAAUUUCUUCUCUCUUUACAUCCUUUCUUUCUCUUAUUCAUUUUUCUUUACUUUUAUUUUCCCUUUCUUUUCUUCUCUUUUUCAUUGUUCUUUUCAUAAUUUACUUUCUUCCUUUUUUUUUUAACAAUUUUUUUCCAUAA